CCACAUAUGCAUUGAUUGAAGCAAUCACUGAGUAUACUAAGGCUGUUUAUACAUUAGUUUCUUUGUAUCAACAAUAUACAAGUUUACUUGGGAAAAUGAAUUCAUAGGAGGAAGAUGAAGUGUGGCAGGUGAUUACAGGAGCCAGAGUUGAGAUGAUGUCAAAACAGCAAGAAUAUUUUAAGUUGGAAAUCACUUGGAUGACUGCAGUUGGCCUUUCAGAGAUGGCUGCUGAGGCUGCGUACCAAACUGGAGCAGAUCAGGCCUCUAUCACUGCCAGGAAUCACAUCCAGUUGGUGAAAUCGCAGGUGCAGGAGGUGCGCCAGCUCUCGCAGAAAGCAGAAACCAAGCUGGCCGAAACACAGGCACAGGAGCUGCACCAGAAAACACAGGAGGCGGGGGAUGAGAGGGCUGACCAGGAGCAGGACACCUACCUACGAGAAGAUUGAGGGCCAGCGCUCCCUGCCCAGUCUACCCACUCUGGGGAAAGCAGGGUUGGAUGCCAUCCACUUGUCACCUCUGCUCUGCACAAAGGGGACACGUUCUGCCCUGACCAGUUAGGCCAGAAGCCUUUGUGAACUAUGAGUGCCUGGUCCCUUUCUCUCUGGUCUUAGUCAUUACUGGACCUGGUUCUUAGCCCCUGGGCAGUGUACCCUGUUUAAUAUUGUAUCCCCCUCAGCACA